AUGGUGGAAAGAGGGCCCGAUCAGUGGCUGGAGAAAAUCAAAAAAUGCCAAUCACUCACAGAAAGCGAAAUGAAACAGCUGUGCGAGAUGGUCAAGGAAUUGCUGAUGGAAGAAUCGAACAUCCAGCCGGUCCAGACGCCGGUGACGGUAUGUGGUGACAUCCACGGCCAGUUCCACGAUUUGCUGGAGCUGUUUAGAACCGCAGGCGGAUUUCCAGAUGAGGUCAACUACAUUUUCCUCGGAGACUACGUGGACCGUGGGUAUUACAGUUUAGAGACGUUCACGCUGCUGAUGUGUCUGAAAGUGAGGUAUCCUGCUCGGCUGACGCUGGUACGCGGAAACCACGAGUCUCGUCAGAUCACACAGGUGUACGGUUUCUACGAGGAGUGUCUGAACAAAUACGGGUCGACAACGGUGUGGAAGUACUGCUGUCAGGUGUUCGAUUUCCUGACCCUCGCAGCGAUUAUCGACGGCAAAAUCCUGUGCGUUCACGGGGGGCUAUCUCCGGAGAUUCGCAUGCUAGACCAGAUCCGAGUUCUGUCCAGGGCGCAGGAAGUUCCUCACGAGGGUGGGUUUUCAGAUCUAUUGUGGAGCGAUCCUGAUAAUGUAGAGGCAUGGCAGGUAUCGCCGCGUGGUGCUGGAUGGCUGUUUGGGAGCAAAGUCGCCCGCGAGUUUAAUCACGUGAACGGCCUGAACCUAAUAGCUCGGGCACACCAGCUGGUUAUGGAGGGGUUCAAGUACCACUUUCCGGAGAAGGACGUGGUCACAGUGUGGUCAGCGCCCAACUACUGCUACCGGUGUGGCAAUGUGGCGAGUGUGAUGAAGGUGGACGAGGAUCUCGAGCCCACUUUCAAAAUCUUUUCUGCGGUGCCUGACGACUACAUCCAAGAAACUAACCACAACAAUCAACGCGGUGGCUACUUUUUGUAG